CGGCACGCAGUCAUGUUCAAGUUGCUUCUCUGCCUGUGUUUCUUCUUCUGCUCUGAACUGGAUGAGCCUCAAGUGGCUACAAGAUAUGGCUCCUUGCGUGGGAAAUGGAUGGAAAGCAGAAAUGGUAAAUCUUUUGUUGGCUUCGAAGGAAUACCAUUUGCCAAACCACCAGUGGGCAACCGUCGGUUUAAGGAUCCAGAAUCUCCUGAUAGAUGGGAAGGAAUCAGGGACGCUUUAAAUCCUGGACAGGAAUGUCUGCAGUAUGACUACCUCAUCAUUCCUGGAAGGGUUUUAGGCAGCGAGGACUGCCUGUAUCUCAGUGUAUACACUCCAGAUAUACUAUUCAGCAACUUACUGCCUGUUGUGGUCCACUUCCACGGCGGGGCCUUCGAGUUUGGCCAAGGACAGACUCUUCAUGGACCAGAGUACCUCAUGGACGAGAAGAUAGUCGUCGUUAUGGUCAACUAUAGGUUGGGACCUUUCGGUUUCUUGAGCUUCGAAGACGAAGACCUCCCUGGAAACAUGGGCCUGAAGGACCAGCAGUUGGCUCUAAGCUGGGUGAGGGAGAAUAUAGCGGUCUUCGGAGGACACCCCAAGAAGGUGACGAUAAUGGGGGAGAGUGCUGGAGGUGCCAGCGUGAACUACCAUCUUGUUUCUCCUCUCAGUAAAGGACUAUUUCACAAAGCUAUAAGUAUGAGUGGUAACGCCUACAGUCCAUGGGCCUUAGUUAAAUCAGGAAUUGCCAGAGAGCGUGCCAUGAAGACUGCUGAAGAAGCUGGAUGCGCUUACAAUGGAACUAAGACUACACUCCAAUGUCUUAGGACUAAAAAUGGGACCGACAUUGUGAGCCUGCGACAACAGUUUACUGAUGAACUUCGGGAUCCACUUGUAUACUAUGGCCCUGUAGUGGACUCAAAAUCAGAAAAACCAUUCCUUCCAGAUCACCCAAAGAAGCUGACUCACCAUCCAGUUCCUUGGAUUGUAGGCAUCUCUUCUGGUGAUGGCCUUCUUAAAACUGCUGUUUUUACUCUUUCGGAUCCAUUCGGUUGGAAUGCACUCAACUCAGAGCUAAGUGACUUUAUCCGUAAAACUCUUCUUUAUAUGCAGCCCGUGGCAGGUGACGAUAUGCUUACCGAUGAAAUAAGACAGUUUUAUUUCAACUCUGGCUCCCUAUCAAAUGAUAGCUUAGCAAAUAUGACAAAUUUGUUCACUGAUGGCUGGUUUUGGUACCCGACUACAGACGCUAUAGCAAAGCACAAAGAACCCGUGUACAUCUAUUACUUUGACUAUUUAGGAAAAUAUUCAGUUAUUGAUCUGUUAGGAGCUAAAAGGCCAUUAAAUGUUGCUUUUCAUACAGACGAAUUGAUAUACCUUUUCAAUAGUACAGCUUUCUUCCCAGCGCUCGCAGGAGAUGAUUUGAUAGUGUCACGUAGCCUUGUUAAGCUGUGGACUAAUUUUAUUAAGACUGGAUCACCAAACACCAAAGAUUCCAUCUUGAACUGGAAGAAAUCAAUUCAUAAUGACUAUCUUCAUAUCCACAACGGGGGAUACAGCAUGAAAACUGAGUUGUUGAAAGAGAGGACCGACUUCUGGAGGAAUAUUACCUCAAAAUAUAACUUAUGAAUAUCUAUAAUUUAAGACUGCAAUUCUAUAGGUAAAAAUAAAUCUUGAUGUUAAUUAUUGUUAAGAGUAAAAGUUUUCAAUAAA